AUGGUUUCUAAAUUCACACUACUAAAUCUUCUUCCACUUGUAACACUCCUCCUCAACUUUCCGGCAAGAAUCACAUCUCAAGAAUGUGCUUACCCUUGUUAUCCUCCUCCGACCGGCCUCACCGGAAACAACCCUCCUCCGGCCACCACCACAACCCCACCAACCCCACAAGGUGGAUAUGUCCCAAAUCCACCAUCAACCACCUAUCAACCACCACCAUAUGGUUACAACAAUAUCCCAUAUUUGAAUUCUCCACCUAAUGAUUAUGGUAAUGGUGAAGCACCACCACCACCAGAACCAAUUGUCCCUUGGUUUCCAUAUUAUUAUAGAAAACCUCCUCAUUCUGAUCUUGAUCAAUCUUCAUCAUCAAGAACCACAUGGAAGAAGAUGAUUAGUUUAUUAGUAGUAGUAAUAUUUUUUGUUUAA